AUGGCCCGUCCCCUCCUCCACACCUGCCCGCCCGCUGUUUGCCCUGCUGGUCCGCUGUCUGCUCGCUGGAUCGCAGCCGUCUGCCAGAGUGAUGCUGCGCCGUUUGCGCCCCGGUCCGCUGUCACGGCUUGCGCGCGCUCUGAAAAUAAUGGAAGCGGAAGUGCUGCCACUGCCAUCACAUCGCCCGCCCAUGGUAGUGUCGACUCUCAGGCCGACCUGCCUGCGCUCUGGUACGACACCUGCACGCCGCGGCUCCAAUUCCCGUGCCGCUGCAAGUGCACCGCCUAUCGAUACGUAGAGCGCAGCGCGCAGAGCGUAGAGCGUGACUGGCUUAGCACUUGGACGGCCCGAGCCAUAGAUUUCCAGCGACAUGCCGCCGUCACGGGUUUCUGA